AUGCGAAUCAUUUACGCCCAAGAGCCGUAUCCGGAAACCACAGAGCCGGGCGCCAUCUUCCUCGCAGGGCCAACGGUACGGCUGGACAAGACGCCGCAUCUCACAUCGUGGCGUGUCGAAGCCGUGGCUCGACUCGAAGAGCUCGGCUUCCAAGGCGAUGUCUACGUGCCCGAAGAGAGCCCCGAGAUGGCGGCUUCGAACGUCAACAUCUUUGAAGGCUACGCCGACCAGGUCGAGUGGGAGGAGUCCGGCAUCGCCCGCGCCGACGUUGUGGUCUUUUGGAUCCCGCGCGAUCUGGUGACUCUCCCGGGCCUCACCACCAACGACGAGUGGGGUGGCCUCAAGAUGUCGGGCCGCGCCAUGCUCGGCGCUCCGCCCGAUGCGCCAAAGACCGGCUACCAGCUGUACUACGCCCGCAAGUACGGCGCACCAGCCUUUGACAACCUGUCUGAUCUUCUCGCUGCCGCCGUCGCCGCCAUUGGGCGCGGCGCCCGGCGCGUCGGCGGCGACGCCUCGGCCCCGCUCCUUCUCUGGCGCUCGCCUGCCUUUCGCGCGUGGCACAAAGCCCUCGGCAGCGCUGGCAACGAGCUUCGCGACUUGCGCAUCGAGUGGGUGGCACCCAUUGGCUCGAGCGCGCCCGAGUUUUUCGGGAUCUCGGCCUCCGUCUUUGUUGCUGCUGACGAUGCCGUGGUCACCCAGACCGUCGUCCUCCGUCCGGACAUUGACGCUCUUGUGCUCUUGACCGACGAGCACGCGCCGCGGGUUGCGCUCAUCACCGGUCCAAUCGCAACACUCACCGGUGAUCCGGGAGUUGGUACGAGCUUGGGCAUCAAGCUCGAUCCCUCCCGUCUGGUGAGGGUCGGAUCCGGCGCUCUCGCGUCGGCUGCGGCUACGAGCGGCCAGGCGCAUGUGUUUGGCUACAAGUUGAGGUCUAGCGAGGCUGAGGCGGUCGAGGCCGGCGGCCGGCGGCUAGUGGAGAUGCCCACGGGCUGGACAUGGCCACCAUCGGCAUGA